GUGGCUUUGUGCUGCCGUUGUAGCGUCACGCUGUCGGUGGAGAAGGGCUUUUCGAGGCGGAUCAGCUCCCACGAGCGCCCAAAGCGACCUUUAACGGCCUAUUUCCGUUUUCUGAAGGAGAAUCAUUCGGUCUUCCGGCAAAAAAACCCAGAAAUGACUAAUAUGGAGCUGGUUAAAAAAAUGGCAGGUGCUUGGAAGGAAUUACCAGUAUCGGAGAAACAAGCUUACGAGGAAGCCAGGAAGACAGACUGGCAAAGAUACGAAGAGCAGUUGGCCGCAUACAAAGCGCAGCUUAGUCCAGCUGAGGCUGCAGCUUUGAAAGAAGAAAGGAGACGACGACUGGCAAAAAGAAGGUUGUUCAGGGAAAAAAGAGAAUUGACUGUGCUUGGAAAACCUAAAAGACCUCGUAGUGGAUUUAACAUUUUUGUGUCAGAAAACUUUCAAGAAAGUGAGGGAAUUUCACCUACGGCAAAGCUGAAGCGUUUAUUUGAAGAUUGGCGAAAGCUAUCCAGUUCUCAAAAGCAGCCAUACUUGCAGCUUGCUGAAGACGAUAAGGUUCGGUACGAAAAUGAAAUGAAGUCUUGGGAAGCAAAAAUGGUUGAACUUGGACGCGAAGACCUGAUACGUUCCCGAAAGCAAAGGCCAAAAGAGAAAACUACUGAAACUGUAAAGAAAACUGCAGAAACUGUAAAGAAAGCUGAAACUGCCAAAGCUUCGUCACGAGAAACCAAGACAAAAUUGAAGUCAAAAAAAUCUGAAGAAUGAAACUGUUAAGUAUUUUGUAUUUAACCUCCUUUGAUUGUCGUGUCUUUAUCCUGCUGUGUUAAUGCUACAGUCAGCAUUAGCACUUAAGUUUGGAAAACAUAUAAAGGGCUCAUCACAUAAGUAGGAGAAGCGAUCAGGUAAGAGAGAUGGUAAUAUCUCUUGAAACUGACUGACGUAAUCACUGCAGGUGGAACCUGAACUGUAUAAUCGGUAAAUCAGGCUGUGAAUAGUGACGCUGACUGACAUCAGCAAAGCCCUCCAAUAGUGGUAGGUAAUCACUAGCUUUUAUAAGACGUUUUUUAUGAAAGCAAGUACUACCAUCUACGUUCUGUAAAUAAGAGCUGAGAUCUAAGUUAAUGCUGCUCUUUUUUAUUCCCUCCAUGAUACUGGUCGUGCAAAGUAGCUGAAGAGGAUGUACUACACUGCAAUGAAAGGUGCAGCAAAUGUAAAAUACUAACUUUUGUUUAUGUUUGUGCAUCUGUCUUUUUGUAUGUAUCGAACAUCUGUGUAUACCAUUUAAGUUGCAUUUAAUUAAAGGCCAUAUGAGUUUUGUAUAAAAGACUCUUUAUUGGACUUUUAUUCCAUGGUUUUGCUUGAAUAUAUACCAACGUUGCUUUCCUCUUGUCCUUUUUGGGGACAGCCUGCAAGAAAAACAAUGUAUCAGCGUUAUUUUUGUGAUGUAAUAAAAAGAG